AUGUCCCACGGCUGCUGCUCUGGAAACUUCUCCUCCUGCUCCCUCGGGGGCUCCCUGUGCCACCCUGGCUCCUCCUGUGGCUCUUCCUACCCCAGCAACCUGGUCUACAGCACUGAGCUCCGCUCCCCCAGCCCCUGCCCGCAGGGCUCCUCUCUCCGCAGUGGCUGCCAGGAGACUUGCUGGGAGCCCCGCAGCUACCAGAUGUCCUGCUGUGGCCCGAGGACCCCCACGCUCUGCAGUCCCUGCUGGACAACUCGUCCUGGGGCUCUGGGCUCUGGGUCCAGCAGCAGCUGCUACUCCUUGGACUGUGGGCCCCGAAGCUCCUACUCCCUGGGCUGUGGGUCCCGAAGCUCCUACUCCCUGGGCUGUGGGUCCCAAAGCUCCUACUCCCUGGGCUGUGGGUCCUAUGGCUUCAGACCCCAGGGUUAUGGAGGCUGUGGCUUCCCUUCCCUGAGCUACGGAUCCGGAUUCUGCCGCCCGACUUCCUUGGCCUCCAGGAGCUGCCAGUCAUCCUGUUACAGACCAACCUGUGGAUCUGGCUUCUAUUGA